CAGCAUGUGGGCGUGUGUUCAGAGUGUGUGAGCUGCUUCUGGAGUUUAGUAAAUGACUGCAGCAAGAAAUACUGUGCAGCUGAGGAGCUCACUAGCGAUGGUACAGGCUCUGUGUGCCGAAAUAUCAACGUUUGGGCUUUUCUGACGAGGAUUCGAGAAAAACGUUGAAACCCAAAAUGAGCAUCGUCUCCUAACUGGACCAGACAAUGGAAGUCGCUUUCUGCAGCACUAACAAUUCACCCCUGGGAGACAAGUACGUACUAAAUCAGACUACCUCGGCCAGAGGUAGCUAAACUAACGCGUGGUUCAGAAGCAGCACAUUUCUUUAGUGGGGAUGCGUGUAAAAAGGAGCGCGGAGGAAAAGAGCAGACGCGUAUGUGUAGAUGCUACUGAAUGACUUUGGAGACAUUCCGGCGCUUGGAGGAGAUAUAGUGCAUAGUUUCGGUUGUUCUGAAUGUUUGCGAUGGAGCGUCUUUGAAUUUUCUUGCAUUUAAUGCUUCUAUGGAUCGUCCGGAAUGAACGUCUGAAUUUAGUUUUUUUUUUUUUCUUUUUUUUUUUCCUCUCAGCGCUGUUUCUUCCACCUGCAAUUCCGCAACCCGCGUGAAACAGGAGCUCCGCUUCACCUGACGUUACACAGCCUCGCAUCGGGAAGAUGACCAGCUCGUCUGCAUCCUCCUGAGAUUUCUUUGGCCUUUCUGGGAAUCCGAAACAAGCAAAGGACGACUUGUUCACGUCAGAAGUGAGAGAAGAAGGAAUUGUAGCGUGCACUGAGCUGUAGCGAACUACAUCCACACAUCUCCAACCUGACACAAUGUUCGCACUCGGGAUAUAUUUGUGGGAAACUAUUGUAUUUUUCAGCUUGGCAGCGUCCCAACAAGCAGCAGCUCGGAAAGCUGCCACCCCAAUGCCUCCGUCAGAAUUCCUGGACAAGCUUAUGGGAAAAGUGUCCGGUUAUGAUGCAAGAAUCAGACCUAAUUUCAAAGACCCGCAAGGCCCCAAAUCGGAUGGUACUCACAAGAAAGGUCCACCUGUGAACGUAACAUGCAACAUUUUUAUUAACAGUUUUGGAUCCAUUGCUGAAACAACAAUGGAUUACAGAGUGAACAUUUUCCUGAGACAGCAGUGGAACGACCCUCGGCUGGCCUACAGCGAGUAUCCCGAUGACUCCCUUGACCUUGAUCCCUCCAUGUUGGACUCCAUUUGGAAACCCGAUCUGUUCUUUGCCAAUGAAAAGGGAGCCAAUUUUCACGAGGUUACUACUGACAACAAGCUUCUGAGGAUCUCCAAAAACGGGAAUGUUUUGUACAGUAUAAGAAUAACACUGAUUCUGGCCUGCCCCAUGGACCUGAAGAAUUUCCCUAUGGAUGUGCAGACCUGUAUAAUGCAGCUGGAGAGCUUUGGCUACACGAUGAACGAUCUUAUAUUCGAGUGGGACGAGAAGGGAGCCGUGCAGGUAGCAGACGGACUGACUUUACCUCAGUUUAUAUUGAAGGAAGAGAAGGAUCUGCGCUAUUGCACCAAACACUAUAACACAGGGAAGUUCACCUGCAUAGAGGCUCGUUUCCACCUGGAGAGACAGAUGGGCUAUUAUCUGAUCCAGAUGUACAUUCCCAGUCUUCUGAUCGUCAUUUUGUCUUGGGUUUCCUUCUGGAUCAACAUGGACGCUGCUCCUGCCCGUGUUGGCUUGGGCAUCACUACUGUGCUGACCAUGACCACCCAGAGUUCAGGAUCUAGAGCUUCUCUUCCCAAGGUCUCGUAUGUGAAAGCCAUUGACAUUUGGAUGGCAGUGUGCCUUCUCUUUGUCUUCUCUGCACUGCUGGAGUAUGCGGCCGUCAACUUCAUUGCACGCCAACACAAGGAGCUGCUGCGCUUCCAUAGGAGGAGAAGGCAUCUUAAGGAGGACGAGGCGGGAGACGGCCGGUUCAGCUUCGCCGGCUACGGCAUGGGUCCGGCGUGCCUCCAGGCCAAAGACGGCAUGGCCAUCAAGGGCAACAACAACAAUGCGCCCACCUCCACCAACCCCCCUGAGAAGACCGUGGAGGAGAUGCGUAAGCUCUUCAUCAGCCGCGCCAAACGGAUCGACACGGUGUCGCGUGUGGCCUUUCCACUGGUCUUCCUCAUUUUUAACAUUUUCUACUGGAUCAUUUACAAGAUCAUACGCAGCGAGGAUGUUCACAAGCAGUAAAGAGAUGCGAACCCAUCCGCCUCCGCGUCCCACCGUGCCCGCCUUCCUCUCACUGCAGCGCUCUCACUCGAGUCCCCAGCAGAGGUAUUUAUUCCUUUUUUCGUCUCUUUCUCUCCUGUCCUCCUGAAUAAUCCGGACCUGUGCAAUAGCAAUGCAGUAAAAUGCAUGAUAAAUGAAUGUGGCAAUAUAUUUACUAAAAAAAAUGAAAAUGACUAAAGGUAAAUAUUCAACUUAAGAACUUCUGAACGGAUGACUGGCAAUCCAAGAGGAAAACUUGUAAAACUUUUUUUUGCAACUUGAAGACGUACUGUAUUGGGAGAAUACUGAAAAACAUUACUGCUGUAAUAUAUCGUAUAUUUAAAUGAUAAUACUUCAGUCACUGAAAAGGAACCAUUUUUGGUCUUCUCGAGGCAGUUUGGGGCUUCCAUGAAUACACAGUGAAAAUGUUGUCCUGGGGUCUGACGAUGUUUCAUUCUGAUAUCGAUUAUUAAUGGGUCUUGAUGAUUGCCAGUGAAAAAUAUAUAUUUAUUCAAGUUACGAUAAAUGUGUUCCUCUAUCUGUGCUCAUUUUUUCAGUUUGGUUUUGUUUGAAACGUCAGAUUAUGUUCUGCUCAUGUGCCAACAUCAUCCUUUAGGUUGACCAAAAAAAUUACUCCAUUUAAUCAUUCAUGUUUACACCUUUUGGAUAUGUAAGCUGAAUAAACAAAUUAAAUAUUAGUAUAUGUAAAAUAAAACAUACUUUUAACUCUCGCCAUUCCUUGGUUUUGGCAUUUUCACCAUUUCAGAAUAUGUCCGAAACGUGCAGAAGGAAAAGCUAAGGGAUCUUUCAUAACUCAUAUUUCAUACAGUGUUAUUUUUCUAAACGUGGUUUAG